AUGGAAUACGAAAACAGUUACCUAUUGAUCAACAAAGUACACAGUAAAUUAAUGAGCUGUACUCAAAGGCGGAAGAAGCAAAAGAAAGAUUUCGAUCUAAGAGUGUUGGUGGGGCAUGCAAACUUAUUGGAUAGAUUGAUGGAUGAAUAUGAAAGUUCGGGUUCAUAUGACAGUGACAGUGAUGAAGAUGAAUACUUAGUUUCAGCUGAAUCUGAGUAUAUAUAUUAUGCUCCAGAAUCUGCUAAUAACCAAAUGAUUACUGAUAAUCAGCAUGUACCAAAGCGUUGUUGCCAAGAAGAAGAGAUCCAGCAUCUUACACCAAUGGUUUCAAGAUCUGAACAGCAUUAA